CCCUCGCCCUAGGUGCAGACUUAUACCAAAUGAAAGUUUGAAGUCUCAGCUUUAAUUUAAAGUAGAGGACAUAUAGCAAAAGUUUGCAAAAGCACAUUAAACAUACAAAAAACUACAAAAAGUACGUAACGCGCACAUUCUGUCGCUAUACGUAUGUUAGCAUGCAAUAGCAUGUUUACAACUUUUUACUUUUAUUUUUUUUAAUUGUUUACUAUUCACUUAUUGUGCAAGAGAAUAGUAAUAAAUUACAUUUGUUUUUUGUUAGUUAUUCAGAAUUAUGCUUUAAAGAUCAUUUAUGUUUUAAUAAAAAUAUUCUUGUUUACAUAAAUUUUAUUUACGUUAUUAAUUUGAUAGAUAAUUUUGUUGAAGGUCAUUGACUUUGGGUUAGAUAGUUGCAUAAUUUUUAAUUUAAAUUGAUAGUGCAAGAUAUUGUUCUUAUCUAAGUUGUGUUAUGAUCACUUUCUGAUGUUGUUAGUUUAAUUGUUAUAUUGUAGUGCCGCUUGUCGCCUGGCAGGAAAAUAGAGUAUUUUAAAAGGUUCAAUCGAAAAUACCAACGCAAUCUUAUUUUUGCUAAAAACAAGUAGUUUCUUUCCCGCCAUCUAUCGGGCAAGUUUGCUUGUAUCCCCUGGAGCCAAUCCUCCCCAGCAAAAAGUUCGCCGCCACUAGCUAACCGCUCACCUUUUGUGAAUUUGUGAAAGAAACAGCAGAUGUUAUUAACAAUGAAGUAAAUCGUGUAAAUGCAGAAAUUCAAAAUUUAAAAACGACAGAAUUCGAAAUGUUCAACAAAAAGUUUGCGAUAUCUCAUAGUUUAACUAUGACGAUGAUUGACGGAAAAGUGGCAACAACAGUCAGUAAGAAUUGCUCGAUGGCUGUUUGUUUCAUAUGUGGAGCAAAACCUACUGAAAUGAAUAAUUUGGAUGCAGUUAUUUUGAGAACAAAUUCAGCUGAAGCAUUGAAAUUUGGAAUUUCGCCGCUACAUGCUCGAAUAAAAUUCAUGGAAUGUAUAUUACAUCUCGGUUAUAAUAAAAGUUUCAAAGCGUGGAGGACAAAUAAAGAUACAAAAGAACAGAAAGAAGCUGUUAAAACAGAAAUGAAAAAAAAUUUCAAAUUAGUUCUGGGCUUAAAAGUCGAUGUGGUGAAACAAGGCAUGGGAACAACCAAUGAUGGUAAUGUCUCUAGAAGAUUUUUUGAACAUCCAGAAAUAACCGCUGACAUAACUGGUGUAAAUGUAGACUUAAUUCACCGCUUUAAAAUUAUAUUAAAUACUAUAAAUAGUAGUAAAAAUAUAGAUGUUGGUAAAUUCCAUACGUAUUGCAUGGACACUGCAAAAUUAUAUGUAGAGCUUUAUGGCUGGUACUACAUGCCCAUCACUGUGCAUAAAGUUCUCAUUCACGGCAGCAAAAUGGUAUCUGAGGCUAUAUUGCCAAUAGGAAUGUUAUCCGAAGAAGCGCAAGAAGCAAUGAAUAAGGAGUAUAGAAACUGUAGGCUAUUCCAUUCUCGUAAAAAUUCACGUAUUUCUACGAAUGAAGAUGUAAUGCACUAUUUGCAAAUAUCAUCAGAUCCUUAUAUUAAUUCAUUUAGAAUGAGAAACAAAUUAAAAAAAUUAGAAUACCAUGAUGAUGUUAAAAAAUUAUUGAUUGAAUGAAAAAAAAAUAUUGUUUUUUUUUAUUGCAUUUCAAUGGGAGGUGGGCGUAUUAGUGGGCGUGUUAUUGUAAUUUUUGCAUGAAACAUUUUAAAUGAUAUAAAUUACAGUAAUAUCGAAUUUGAAGGUUGUAUUUAAUAUAUUUUAGAAAAUAUGGCACUUUUUAUGUUGAGGUAGUAUGGGUGAUGGGGUUAAAAGUGGGCCAAAGUUCAAUUUUUAUUUCAAAUAAUGUUUGUAACUAUAUAACAUUCAAGUAUACCAAAAUUGAAAGUUAUACCUAAAGUAUUACGGACAAUACGGCAUUUUACAAAUUUCGACUGUAUGGCAGGUGGGCGUAAAAGUGGGCGAAUUUUCUUAAUUUUUUUUUUAAAAACUGGAAUUGUCUCAAAAAUAACCUGUGCAAAAUUUCAGAGCUCUACAAUGACUCCUUGUAUUUAA